GCAUGCCCGCCCUCCCGCGCUGCCCGGGGCACGGCCGGGCCGCCCAGCGCCGCCCGCGGGACCGUUAGCUCGGGGGGCGGCGGGGACGGCUCGAGCCAUGGCCCGCGACUGCGCCGCCCGCAGCCUGGACGGCAUCGACCUGGCGGCGCUGCGGGACCCUGCGGGAAUAUUUGAGCUGGUACAGGUUGUUGGAAAUGGGACAUAUGGACAAGUCUAUAAGGGUCGCCAUGUGAAGACUGGGCAGCUAGCAGCAAUCAAAGUGAUGAAUGUUACUGAGAAUGAAGAGGAGGAAAUCAAGCUGGAGAUAAACAUGCUAAAAAAGUACUCCCAUCACCGGAAUAUUGCUACAUAUUAUGGAGCAUUUGUAAAGAAAAGUCCUGCAGGCCAAGAUGAUCAGCUCUGGUUGGUGAUGGAGUACUGUGGUGCGGGCUCUGUCACUGACCUGGUCAAGAAGACAAAAGGGAACUGUUUCAAGGAAGACUGGAUUGCAUACAUCUGCAGAGAGGUUCUCAGGGGCUUGGCACAUCUUCAUGCUCACCAUGUCAUCCAUCGAGACAUUAAAGGACAGAACGUCCUUCUCACAGAAAAUGCAGAAGUAAAACUGGUGGAUUUUGGUGUAAGUGCUCAACUGGACAGGACUAUUGGGAGAAGAAACACGUUUAUUGGCACACCGUACUGGAUGGCGCCUGAGGUCAUUGCUUGCGAGGAGAACCCAGACUCUACAUAUGAUUACAGAAGUGACCUGUGGUCUCUGGGAAUCACAGCUAUUGAAAUGGCCGAAGGAGCUCCUCCCCUGUGUGACAUGCACCCCAUGAGAGCGCUCUUCCUCAUCCCACGGAACCCGCCCCCAAAGUUGAAAUCCAGAAAAUGGUCGAAGAAAUUCCUAAACUUUGUUGAAAGCUGCCUUGUAAAGAAUUAUUUGCAUCGUCCAUCCACGGAGACCUUGCUAAAGCAUUCUUUCAUCCGAGACAUGCAGAAUGAACGGCAAGUGCGCAUCAUGCUGAAAGACCACCUGGACAGGACCAGGAAGAAAAAAGGAGAAAAGGAAGAAACGGACUAUGAUUACAGUGGAAGUGAGGAGGAAGAUGAUGAGAUGAAUGAAGAUGAAGGAGAACCAAGCUCCAUCGUUAACCUCCCAGGGGAGUCAACUCUCCGCCGUGAAUUUCUGAGGCUGCAGCAGGAGAACAAAAACCGUUCUGAUCCUCAUCACCAGCAGCAGCAGCUGAAGGACCAGGAGAAAUACAAGAAGCAGCUGCUGACAGAGCGGCAGAAACGGAUCGAGCAGCAGAAAGAGCAGAGGAGGAGGCUGGAGGAUCAUCAGAGGCGAGAGCAGGAGCUACGAAGGCAGCAGGAGUGUGAGCAGAGGUGGCCAGAGGCUAAGGCUAUUCAGAGGAAAGAAGAGAGGUGUAAAGAAGACAUAUUAGAUGGACAGAGGAAAUUAGAAAAGAAGCAGAAGGUUGAAGAUGUGCAGCACAACAGGAAGGUGCAUCGAACUCUUCCCAAAGAUCAGACACAGCUGCUGUCUCUCCAGCAUGACUACAAGCAGAAGAAGGAGCCUUCCGAGAGCUCAAAUUCAGCAGUGCAUCCUCCAUCAAGCAGCGCAAGCAAAGAGGCCGAGGACCGAAGAAAGCUAAGUGACAGCAUCCAGCCUUCCCUCCAGUGGUCAGCAGUGCUGGGGCAUGAAGCCACGCCACACACCAGGAUGGGCUCCGGCAGCAGCUCUAGCCCUUGCACCCCUGCGCCGCAGAGAGCCGUGUUAGUACAGUGUGAAAAUUUCCGGGCUAGUAAGGAUGUGUACCACAGCAGUUCACUGUCAGAUAUGGUGACGACACCACUCAGCCCUGUACAGGAUGAUGUAUUCUGGAGCAUCAGUCAAAGUGAAGAACAGCCCCCAAAGGUUCCAGAAAGGACAACCUCUAAAUUUUACAGCAGGGACCAGCCUGGCCAUCAGAGAUGUCUUUCAAGUAACACUCAUCAGUCAUCCCCCGGGGGACAUGCUCUGAAGCUAAACAGCAACAGCAGCACUUCUGGCAACAAGGAGUGGGAGAUGGGAUCUCAUCAGAGCAGCUGGUCAACCUCAGGGAAUGCAGGACCAACCAAGGCAGAGAACGCUUUGUCCCAGAACCAUUUGCAGCUGCAGAAGAAGCCUGAAAAGGUUUCUCAUCCAGGCCACGUUGCAAGUCCACCCUCCUUUGCCAAGGUGAAGGACAGCUCUAACUCAUUCUUAAAAGCAGCAGACUAUUCUUCAUCAAGUGAUGAAGUCAGCAGCAGCAGCGAUGAGGAUGACGUGAACCACACGAGGCAACUGCUAAGCAGCAGAGUGGCAGAUUUCUCAAGGACAAGAGUACCAGACGGAAUUGAACUGAAACCCCAAAGCAUCAUUGGAGAACAGAAGGAUCCAAUUUUAGGGAAGCAAAUUUCUAGCACCCAAGAAGGCCUCUGGAGCAUAAACAACCAGAACUAUCUCCUGCCAGACCUCCUUCAGCAAAGCCAGAUUUCAGACUCCUCUGUGAACCCACCAAAAGUGCCACUGACCAGCCAGGAACCUCAGAAGAAACCUCUGAAUAAGACUCCAUGCACUGAAAGCACACCUUCAAAGAGCAGUACAUCCUCUACAACAUCAUUUACUUCAUUCAUAGAUCCUAGACUUCUGCCAAUCACCCCUCCCACCAGUCCAGUAGGACCUUCCUGUAGUUCUCCAUCUAGUGCAAAACCUGAGCCUGUCAGGAGAGAAAAUGCACGGAAGGGCUCCAUUGUCAAUGUCAACCCAACGAAUAUUCGCCCCCAGAGUGACAGUCCAGAAAUCCGUAAAUACAAGAAGAAAUUCAAUUCGGAGGUCCUUUGUGCUGCCUUGUGGGGAGUCAAUUUACUGGUGGGAACAGAGAAUGGAUUAUGGCUGCUGGACAGAAGUGGACAAGGAAGAGUGUAUUCACUGAUUACUAGGAGACGAUUCCAGCAAAUGGAUGUUCUUGAAGGACUUAAUGUGCUAAUUACUAUAUCAGGGAAGAAGAAUAAGCUGAGGGUGUACUACUUAUCAUGGCUGAGAAAUAAAAUUCUGCGCAAUGAUCCAGAGGUGGAGAAGCGGCAAGGCUGGGUGUCUGUGGGUGACCUGGAGGGCUGUGUGCACUACAAAGUCGUAAAAUAUGAGAGAAUCAAAUUCCUUGUAAUUGCUUUGAAAAACUCAGUGGAAGUUUAUGCUUGGGCUCCAAAGCCUUAUCACAAAUUCAUGGCUUUUAAGUCCUUUACCUCACUUCAUCACAAACCACUGUCAGUUGACCUGACCGUUGAAAAUGGACAAAGAUUGAAAGUCAUAUAUGGCUCACUAGUAGGCUUUCAUGCUAUUGAUGUGGACUCUGGAUCUGUGUAUGACCUGUACCUUCCAACACACAUCCAGGGGACUAUUCGCCCACAUGCCAUUAUCAUCCUCCCAAAUACGAGCGGAAUGGAGCUUUUACUCACCUAUGAAGAUGAAGGCAUUUACAUUGAUAUAUACGGGCAUUUCACAAAGGAGACCGUUUUACAGUGGGGAGAAAUGCCAGCAUCAGUAGCUUACCUUCAAUCUAACCAGGUCAUGGGCUGGGGAGAGAAGGCGAUUGAACUACGCUCUGUGGAAACCGGAAAUCUGGAAGGAGUAUUUAUGCACAAGAAAGCACAGAAGCUGAAGUUUUUAUGUGAAAGAAAUGACAAGGUGUUCUUUGCAUCUGUGCAGUCAGGAGGCAGCAGUCAAAUAUAUUUUAUGACUCUUGGUCAAAAUGUGCUAUUCAACUGGUGAAUCACAUCAAAAUGAAGGAUGCUUUGAAACUUCUUGUAGGUAGCAGUGUAAAAUGCUUGGAGGUAACAUACAUUAAUUUGCACUUUUUACCUACAGAAAUUUUGUCAUUAUUAACUUAUCAAAAUAUAUAUUCUUUCUAUUUGGAAAGAAUUCCAUUUUCACGUCAAAGUACUGCAAACACGUUUAGUCUGUCUUCUAAAAUAUGUUGCCAACCAAGACUGUAUUUGCAGUGUUAGGAGAAAUCUUUAAUGAAGAAUGUAGUCAAUAUAAGUACUCUGAAAAGUACAUGGUUUCAUUUUCACAGGUGAUGUAACGAAGUUAGCUUGAACAGAAGUCUUUUUCUUUUUUGGACAGCAACAUCUAUAGUCAAUAUAAAAACACGAUUUGGGUGGCAGAUUGGAAUCUAUACUGAAUUGGGUUUUGCCUUGUUUCACAUUUUAAGUGAGGUCUUACUCUUUCACUAAAACUCCCUUGUCUGGGUCUUACAAUCGGCGAAAGAGCUUCUGGUCCUGAUAAGGCCUAAUGCAGACUGGGACACUUGAGGGGAUCGUAUCCUGUGCUAGUUGUCUAAUGCACUGUAGAGUUGCCAAAGUAGAUACUUCUAGACAUGUGCCCCCAUCUAGUAGAUUUUACAAAUGCAGGGGACAGACUUCGUGUUUCUCUCAGGACUGGAUACCUGAGCCCGUAGACACAGUUACUGUAGAAUGUAUUUGUAAAAAUAGUUUAAAUAGUAGUUUGUCAAAAUCAGGUAUGCAUAAAGUAUUACCGACCUGAACCUGUAACUUUUAUUCAGACACGGGACCCAUACUCGUGUGAAUUGAUUUAAAGGCACUACCCAUGUAUAUAAGGGCACAGGAUCAGGCACCUUCUUUUCUUGCUCUUUCAGCAUCAAGUCUUCAUAUUUUUGUCUGUAAAUAUAAUCUUUCCUAUGGAUGUUAAGGUUAACAAAUGUAUUCUUAAUAUAGUUAAGAAAAUAUCCAAAGAGUUAAUCUAUUAUAAAUAGAAAAUAUAAAUAAUUUCAGGUGCUUUUUUUGCUAAUUACAUCUAAAUAAAGCUGCAUCCAUAGUGUUAUUGGUGCCAGUGAUUCUGCAUAAACUCUGUUCUCAGGGGCUUGUAAGUUGGCCAUAAAACUAUACAGAUAUAAUAUAUAUAUAUUAUAUGUAAUCAUAUAUACUAUGAUUAAAUUGUAGGGUUUAAUGCAAUCCUUAUUUAGCUGAUUUUUGGAUGUGCUUUGAAAAUGUAAAACAUUAAUGUAAUACAAAAGAGCUCAUUCCAGACUUGAUACAGUAUGGAUGAUGCUGUAGGCAAAAGUGAAAUCACUAGCUGCAGUGUUUGAAAAUAAAUAUUUUUUACUUGAAAUAUGUGAUACUGAAAGGUGUAGGGAAAGUCUGUUGGAAUAUCUGGUUCUCUACCCCAAGGAGGAUGAUUCAAAAUUGACUAAGAAGGGGAGAAAUAAAGUUGUUAGAACUGGUAGCUGUUCUGUAUAGUAUGUCAGGUUUAGUUAGUGUUAGCAGUCAUGCUGUGACUGACAGGUGCUCAGAUUGCAACCAUCAGCUCCAAAACUGGCAUCCUUGUAUAUGUCAGUGGAGAAUCAAACUAGGUCCUAAUUACCCUUCCAACCCUUCCCUAUGCUGGCACCUCAACUGUUGCAGGCACAUCAGAGAUUCCAAUGCUGUUGCUGUCUGUGUUCUUUGGCUAUGUGGAGGACUGCACUUUCCAAAGUUAUUAACCUAGCACUUUUCACAAGCAAUAGCUUAUCUCAAAAUGUAUAGUGGUUUUUAUGAAGUAUUUUCCUUUUAAAUAUUUUCACUUACAGAAAAAUAAUCCUGAGGCCAUACUAAAAAAUAUGUGCAGUAGUUAAAGUGGCUCUUCAUGUAUGCAAGUAAUCAGCUUGUGUGCAAACUUAAAAUCUGAAUGGUAUGCUGUGCUUGGGCAGAGCUGUAUGAAAACAGGAGUUCUCUGUCUAUUUGUAGUAAUGUUCCUACCCAUUGUCAGUGCUAGGACUGGGGCAAAUGAGCAAAACAUGGCUUGGCUCCCUGGACUAUUGAGUGUUGGGUUUGUAUUGUUCAACUUUCACAAAAAAAAAACAAAACAAAAACACAAAACUAAAAAAACCCAAACCUGUAACAGAAACA